AUGGCACUCCUCGGCCGCUCCAUCCCGGGCACCAUCUCGUCGACGGAAGAAACACCCCCCGUCACGGUCGUCACCACCACCAGCACAUCCAAGGCCGACAAGAUGGCCUCCUCGGGGUUUGCCAACUUCGCAAAGAGCAUCCUCCUCCCAAUGUUCAUCUCGCUGGGCCUGUACCUGCUGAUCUUCCACGCACUCCUCCCACUCUACCGGCGCCAUCGAGCCCGCUACUCGCAAUACCUGCCGCUCCAAACAGCGACCUCGACCAUAUCGUCCCACCUGCCCGAAUUCCUCCAGGGCCUCUCACUACGGGAUCGCCUCUCACACAUGUUCUUCCGGGUUUUCCUGCCCUCGACAUGGGCGAUCCGCAACCGAUUCAUGCGGCGGCGGGAUAGCGUAAUCAGUGCCGACGGGGAGCUCUUCGACGAAGAAUCUGGCGAGGCCAUGGUGGGCUUCGACGUACAGGAACGAAACCGCAGGCGCGACGGCAUGGAGCGUCAGGUGUCCAACAUGGACGCCGCCACCAGGACGGUCGCUCGCGGCACAAAUGGUCCUAUUGUUAGGCACCCCCCGCCAGAGGAGGUCGACUCUAACCGCCGUCUGAGCCGCGAGCUGGAAGAAGGCUUCCGCGAUGACAGCGAUGACGAAGGCGACGACUCCCAGCUCAUGACCGCUACACCUACGAAUGCGGCUCGGCGCUGA